AUGCAGACAACCCGUCCACCAACUCUAUCAUGGCCCGGUCCAUCGCCAGUCACCAUCUUCCUCCGCAAUAUCCGCCUACUUCAACUUGACCAACAGCCAGACUGGCCAGGCCUUUCUCGGAAGCUCUUUUCAAGUGGCCAAAAGGCCCAGACCCAACGAGUCAAGAGUUUGGAAUGGGUCUUGUAUCAAUUGUUCCUAUUGUGGGAUCCCUCCGAGACGAAGAAUAAACUUCGUCCGUUCUUCCCACCUUUAGAGCCACUUCAAUCGGUCAACCUACGUGCGGCUUUGUUUCGGGCCCUGUCCGACCUCAAGAAAAAUGGCGAUUUGGGACGAGAGACCACAGUACGCAAGACCAUGCUGGACGACUGCAGAGGGCCAAAAUUUGAGGAAGUCCUCGCCGUGUUUUCGACGGCCGUACUACGAAAGGUCAUUUGUGAUAAACAACGUGAGCCUGGACUACGAUUAGCGUUUACGAAAAGCUUGGCCGACACGGAGUUGGAGGAGCAAUUGAUUCCUUUAAUAAUAGCUCAUCACUCUUCCCUUAGCACUACAAGACGAGAGCAAGUCCGGAUACGAGAGACUCAUGAUCAGUUUUCAAACUUGCUCGAGGAGAAGAUUAGAGCCUUGUCGGUGCGCUCGAAACAGAAAUCCCGACAGUUUGGAGAAUCUUCUCACUUCGAAAGACUAACGCAUGAUGUCAAGGCUAAUUGGCUUGGGGGUCGGGAUUUUGCUGAUAUUUUGUUGACUGGAGGCUCCACUGUUGAGAACGAUGCUUUUCUCGAGUUGCCAUUCGAAAAAGCAUGGAGCCGCGCCAGAAAAGGGGCCAUCCAUCAAAUCAGUCAUUCAUCGAACGUGGACUUGCUACAGGAUUUGGACGCUUGUCUCGCGAACCAACGUCGCCGCUUACAACGUUUGAAGGAGUUUCGAAAAUCCAUUCAACAGGGGAAAGCAAGUGGAAUGGUGUCGACUAAGUCGCAGGACAAAAGCCUGACCAUUACAUUCAAAGACCACCAGGCAUUGACCGUGGCGAGCACUUCAAAAUUACGAGACGCAGCGGCACCACGGAAUCUGUUUGAUGAGCAUCAAGCAAUCAUAUCUUCCCUUAGAGACACUUUGUCCGAGGUCAAGGGUACACGAGACCAGGGUUCGUCACGUAUUCCUACUACAAUGGUAGAGUCGCCUCAAAAGCCGAAUCCAAAGCAAAAUUUUACAUUAUCACCUAUACCGGAUACCGAGAGAUACUCACCUUCGCCCUCUCCUUCUCCCAGCGUUCACGUAACGGACUAUGAAGACGAGCAACGUCCCGCUUUUAAUCCCACUAUCGAAGAUGCUUUGUCACAACCGUUGUAUCACCAGGGUAGCGGAUACGAUUCCUUUAUCAGAGAAGAACAUGGUGCCAAUCCUCCUGAUCAUAAACAGUCCGAGAGACCUCCCGACCCGGAACCAGAUUCCGAUAAACCACUCCCACGCUUUGAGCCUCGCUCAUUACUAGAACGAACCCGACAGUCCAUGUCUCUCCUCCCACCACCACCAACUUCACGCCCUCCUCGCCAAUCCCUAGCCGCGCGACGCGAAUCAGAGCGUUUCCCCAUCAAUCAAUUCGCCACGCCGCCAAAAGAACAAUCGGAGCCCUCACGCUCAGGGGCCUCCACACCACGAGACGACCUUUUCACAGAAGAAGCGGAGUACGCUAGUAUUUUCAAAAGUCGCCCGCGCGUUGCGCAUAGUCCUUUGAUGUCGCCUGCUGUUCAUGUCGGAUUUGAUGAUGACGAUGACGGUGCUGGUGCUGAUGCAGAUGAUUACGUCGAAGAUAAUGAGAGUGUGCUUGAUUUGGCACUUGUUGGAUCGCCGCUUGCAAGUAAAAGGAGAUGA